AUGUCCCAAGAUACGGGCCUUUGGAGCGUCCGUAGACCUAGAGAGACCCUUGGUGGUAUUAAUGCAAACAGCGCCAUUCCGCAGCCUGGUUCGACUAUGAAGCGAUCCAGCUCCAAUAUUGGCGGCAAUUACCCUGGCAGUCAUGUCCGUUCCAUGUCGGGAUCUAGGCAAUCCCUUGCCAUGCCGCGACCUAACCAGCCUCUGUUCCAACGCUCGUCAUCCGGAACUAAUCUUGCCGACCUUGGCCUUUCGUCGGUGAAGCGCUCUUCAUUUGCUCCUAAAGCCUCGGCCUUCACACCAAACCCAACAACACGAGCUUCUACUGAUGGCGAUCGACGCAGCAGCGUGUACCGACCUCGUCAAUCAACCGCUCCUCCAACGACUCACCAGAGUUUCUUUCAAACUACACCAGCCCCAGCUGGUGUACCCCGCGACCCGCGACCCCUGAAAGAUCGAUCUUUUCAAGCUCGUAUUGGACAAGAAAUAUUGGAAUACAUGGUUCAACACAACUUCGAAAUGGAGAUGAAGCAUGUUCUUUCGCAAAAUGUGCUCAAAUCGCCGACGCAGAAGGAUUUCAACUACAUGUUCCAGUGGCUCUAUCAUCGUAUAGACCCCAGCCAUAAGUUCCAGAAGAAUAUCGACCAGGAAGUGCCUCCCCUACUCAAACAAAUGCGAUACCCCUUCGAAAGAAGUAUCACAAAGAGUCAGAUUGCUGCCGUCGGAGGACAGAACUGGAGUACAUUCCUUGGCCUUCUUCACUGGAUGAUGCAACUGGCACAAAUGCUCGAUGGCUACGUAAACUGCCAAUACGAUGAGGCUUGUAUGGAGAGCGGCAUUGACGUUAGUGGCGACCGCAUCAUCUUUGACUUCCUCAGCAAUGGUUACCGGGAUUGGUUGGCUAUGGACGAAGAUAUGGGCGAUGAGGAGGCUGAACGCGUUUUGGCCCCUCAUGUUCAAUCCAUGGCAGCCGCCUUUGAGCGAUCAAACUCCAAAUACACAUCAGAACUCGAAAUGCUUGAAGCUGAAAACGCACGACUUCUCAAGGAAAUCGAGGAUUUGGAAAAGUCGACACCCGACCCUGCGGUUCUCGAUAACCACUUCAAGAUCAUGGAGGAGGAUAAGAUCAAGUUUGAAGAGUAUAAUGCCCUGGCGAUGCAAAGGUCCGAGAAGUACGAGAGCCGGUCUCAAGUCCUUCAAGAAGAGCUUGACAAACUCAUGGAAGAGCUUCAAGAGGCCGACGAGGAGCGACGAAGCCUACAAAAAGCUGUGGAUGCCCAAGGAAUCAGCAUGCAGGAUAUUGACCGCAUGACUGCAGAGCGGGAGCGACUGCAGCGCGGCAUUGAGUCGGCUGGCCAACGACUGGAGGAAGUAAAGAAGAAGGUGACGGAGCGAGAGACCGAGGCGAGCCGAAAACUAGAUGAAUUGGAGCAAAUGGUGGAUCGAUACAACACAAUGGCGUAUCAGAUUGCACUGAUCCCUUCGACGGCAGCCAACGCCAAGGGCAGGGAGUUUGAGCUCCAGGUCAUGGUGGCCGAUAGCUCGGAUUACACUUCUACCAACUUGAAGGGAUCAUCAGGCCCAUCAUCUGCAGAUCGUCUCCUUGUUGACGCCACCACUGGAUACCAAGCAGGUCAUAUUCUCAACUUGGACCUUCGGGGACAGAUCCGAAACAGCUUCCUAUCGCUGCGCAAGGAAAUCUCAGAUCGCCGAGCAACGGCAAUGGAAGAAAUGAUGAAGGAUCACGAUCUGCUUGAUGGCAUAAAGGAGGCCAUCGAGGACAGGCGCAGUGAAGUGGAGGCACUGAAUCACCGUGUUCGAGCAGCAGAAGAGGAGUAUGAAAGAACGAAAGAGGUGUCGACAGCACAGAAGAUGGCCUCUGACGCACAUAUUGAGAAGAUGGAGAAGGAACUGUCGCGUAUGCGGGCUGGCUUGUCUGAAAACGUGCAAAUUCUGGAGCAGCGUGAGAUCAACACAACAAUUGAAUACGAACAACUUGUGCUUCAGGCCAACGCUCUCCGAGAAGAGCUUCACACCGAGAUUGACAGAAUGCUCAACGAUGUCAUCAAGUUCAAAAUCCAUGUCCAAAAGAACCUUGACGACUACGAGGGCUUUGUAGCAGACGAACUCGAGAAGGAGCUCGGUAGUGACGAGAUGGGCGAGGAGACUCGACAGAUGGAUAUGUGA